GCAAAUACAGAGAGUUCAUGCUAUCGACGAACCAGAAGGCCUUUGCUAGUGUGGUACACCAAUGCCAUCAUGCCUCAUUCUAUUUGGAGUACAGUAUUUGCGGGACUAGCCUUUGCUUUAUGUCUAGCAGACGCCAUUGACCAAUCCAGUGUAUCCUCAACAUUUACUCAGCUUGAAGAACCUGGCUCAGGAAAUGUUUAUCGCAACGAAAUAAUCAACAAAUUCAGGGGAAGCAGUGCUAUAAGCUGUGCUUUAAGAUGUGGUAGAGAGGACAAAUGCAGAGUCAUUGAAUUAGAUGUAGCUGGGAACUUCUGUACGUUAAGAACCAAAAUCACGAAAGCACAAAGCAAGAGAUUUGUCACGAUGAAAAAGGUUGGCAUCGCCCGCGAAGCUUCAACAGCUUUAGUGGGUGAAGUGUUCUCGUCAUGUCAGGAUGUCUUUAGCAAAAAAAGACCACGUGUUAACGGUGCAUAUAACAUCCGUACUGGCAACACCACUACUAUGACGUAUUGUCAUAUGGACAAUACCACGACAUGCGGAGAUGGGGGAUGGACGCUGGUCAUGAAGAUCAACGGAUCCAAGAGAGAACUGGGCUAUUCUAGUGGAUACUGGACAAACAAGACGUCGCUUAAUGUGGAGAGAGGCCUCUAUCUCGAUGACGUCUCUACAGUUCUACCAACAUAUUGGUCAACACCGCUGACUCAAAUAUGUAUUGGUGUGAAGCAGCCAGGCCAGUCUGCGUCAUUAGCAAAGUGGCUAAAACUGGAGCUGAACAACAACGCAACCUCUUUGUUUGACGUCAUGACAGGCAAUGAUAGCAAACCAUUUCAACCGCUCGGUGUACAAGCAUGGAGAACAGCCUUUGCUCCCAGAUUAGCCAUAAACAGAAGUGACGUUGAAGGCAUCAAUGUGAUUAGUGCGAGUGAGCAUAAAGAAUCUGCCCGACUGGGCGUGUUUGGCUAUAUCGUUCUGCAGCGGAUGUCUUUGAAUUAUCUUAUUGGUGUAGGUUUAUUUGAUAAGUGGUUUGCAGAUGAAACAAACCUAAGAAUCUCUUGUGGAUACGUAGUUAUGGAUAUAAAUGGUUAUGGUCAAGCGAAUAGGAAUUCUUCGAUAUGUUACAUAUUUGUACAGUAGUGUGACAACGAUUCCAAUACCAUUUAGAAGUUGAAAUGCUACAUAGUUAAAAGAAACUUGAAAUGGAUCGAAUCCACCAAAAUUAUAGAAAACGCGCGCUAGCUAGCUCGAUAUAUAUAUGAAAAAAUUGAUCAUUAACCUUUAAGUGAGAUCUCUCGCUAGUAUAUAUUAUAGCUAAGACGCAGUUAGAAUGUGUUCCUUGUGUGGAAUCCUUCCCCAGCCAUAUUUUUGGCGUAGUCCAUUUCGUAUACCACUGUUUGGGAAGCUUCAAUGAUGCCCUUGGGCCUAUACUAUUACUUAUCAUAUUGAUAAUCUUGUCAUUAGAAAAGACUGGGAUAAUGCAUGUUUUACUUUGUCGCUCUUAGUGAUGGACACUUAUCUGAUUAAUUGAGUUAUGAAAAACGAACAAAAAAACUAUCUUGUCCAAUUGAAACUUUUUGUUGUGUGAAACACUAAAUAAAACGAGAAACAUUACAACCGUUUCAAUAAAAUGACUCGUGCUCUGGAAAAAUCUAGAGGAAAAUAUGAUAUAUUAGUGCAUGUAGUAGUCCUAGUAAUUCUUCUCACUAAAUCUGUAAAAUCAAAAAUCUACAUUAAGAAUUCGAGUAUUUCUUCAGGGAAAAUGAAAAAUGGGAACUGUUCAUUAAAAAAAAAAACAAGAAAUGGUCCGCCCCUGAAAGAUCUUAUGUGAUCCGUGUGGACGUCAUCAGUGUGCCGUUGAAUUCCAGUCCCUCAGAGAAUCGUUAAAUUUACGUAAUUCUCGACUUUCACAUGACGUCAU